ACUCAUCCUCCGUUCCUCUCGAUCGCCCGAUUCCGUUCCCGGCACCGAUAUCUAUCGACCCUCCUCCGUGUUGUGACUUCCACCGCCGUCGCUACCGUCUCCGUCGCCCGUCCAGGUGCUGAAGGCUAUGUGAGCUAGGCCGAAAGAUUAGAUGGCACACAGAUUGUUAAGAGAUUAUGAGGCUGAUGGUUGGGAACGCUCUGAUUUUCCUAUUAUCUGCGAGUCGUGCCUUGGUGAUAAUCCAUAUGUCAGAAUGACUCGAGCAGAUUAUGAUAAGGAGUGCAAGAUUUGUACACGGCCAUUCACUGUUUUCAGGUGGAGACCUGGUCGAGAUGCAAGGUAUAAGAAGACUGAGAUUUGUCAGACAUGUGGUAAGUUGAAAAAUGUGUGUCAGGUUUGCCUUUUGGACCUUGAAUAUGGUUUGCCAGUUCAGGUUCGAGACACUGCUCUUAGUAUAAAUUCCAAUGAUGCCAUUCCGAAGAGCGACGUGAACAGAGAGUAUUUUGCUGAGGAGCAUGACCGCAGGGCCAGGGCCGGUUUAGACUAUGAAUCCUCAUUUGGCAAGGUACGGCCAAAUGACACUAUUCUGAAGCUUCAAAGAACAACACCAUAUUACAAGAGAAACCGAGCUCAUAUCUGCAGUUUCUAUGUUCGGGGUGAAUGCACAAGAGGUGCUGAGUGCCCUUAUAGGCAUGAGAUGCCUGAAACUGGGGAAUUGUCACAGCAAAAUAUAAAAGAUCGUUACUAUGGUGUGAAUGAUCCGGUGGCACUGAAGCUACUCAACAAGGCUGGCGAAAUGCCCUCUCUGGAACCUCCCGAGGAUGAAAGCAUUAGAACUCUCUAUGUGGGUGGGCUUGAUAAAAGGAUCACUGAACAGGAUUUAAGGGACAACUUUUAUGCUCAUGGCGAAAUUGAAUCCAUAAAGAUGGUUCUGGAUAAAGCAUGCGCUUUUGUUACAUAUACUACCAGAGAAGGCACAGAGAAGGCUGCAGAAGAGCUCUCUAACAAGCUAGUCAUAAAGGGCCUCAGACUGAAGCUAAUGUGGGGUAAACCCCAGGCACCAAGACUUGAGGCAGAAACCUCAGAUGGAACCAGGCAGCUAGCAGCUGUAACUCAUGGUGGAAUGCUGCCCCGGGCAGUGAUAUCACAGCACCAAAACCAAUUUCAACCAUUUGGGACUCAGGACCAAACCCCACCAAUGCACUAUUUCAAUAUCCCACCUCCACCUCAGCAGGAGAGAGCAUUAUACCCAUCAAUGGAUCCUCAAAGGAUGGGUGCUCUUGUUCCCUCCCAAGAUGGAGAGACCAAACCUGGAUCAGAAAGGCAGCAACAAGGGCAGCAGUAUGCUUUUCAAGCUAUGCCACCACCUCCACAUGGUCAAUAUCCUCAUCAAGUCCAUCCACCAUAUGGAUACAUGCCACCAGUGCCACCUUAUCAGCAGUAUCCUCCAUAUCAUUCUGCAAUGCCUCCACUUCAGACCUCAGCUGCAGCACAGCAAUAUCAGCAAUCUGGGCCACCAAGGCCUUCACCCCCAGCAUCCACGUCAUCAGCACCAUCAGCACCUGCUGCAUCUGGGUCAUCCCAACAGUGAAGAGAAAAUUACUGUUUUUGGCUGUUUUGUUCAGGUAAGUUGUAACCAGUUAAAAUCCCAAGUUGGUCUUAACAUUUCAAGUUCAAGAUUUCUUUGCUUUACCCGUGGUUUUCACUCACCAGUUUGUUUCACUUAUGGGCUAUACCAUGUGCUACUGCGUUUUUUCUUUUGGUAAAAAGUGCUACUGCCUUUUUGGCUUCUUAUGCUUAUGCAGCAUUUAAUCUAUGAU